AUGGUAUUUGCUCGAUCCCUUUCGUCUCAAUUGAGGCGCCCCGCCACUUUCCUUAAGCCGUCCGCCACAACUGCUUUCGCUCGGCCUGCCUUCGCAAAUGCACGCACGCUAACCGCCUCUGCCAAACUUCAGGGAAAAGUUCUUCUUGUUCUGUAUGACGGCUUCGAGCACUCCAAGCAGCAACCUGGUCUGCUUGGAACCACUGAGAACGAACUCGGUAUCCGUAAAUGGAUCGAGGACCAGGGCCACACUCUGGUCACCACCUCCGACAAGGAUGGUGAGAACUCCACUUUCGACAAGGAGCUGGUUGACGCCGAGGUCAUCAUCACCACUCCUUUCCACCCCGGCUACCUGACUGCUGAGCGUCUGGCAAAGGCCAAGAAGCUCAAGCUCGCCGUCACUGCCGGUAUCGGUUCUGACCAUGUCGACCUGAACGCUGCCAACACCACCAACGGCGGUAUCACCGUCGCUGAGGUUACUGGAUCCAAUGUGGUCUCCGUCGCUGAGCACGUUGUCAUGACCAUCCUUACUCUCGUCCGUAACUUCGUUCCCGCCCAUGACCAGAUCCGCAACGGCGAAUGGAACGUCGCUGCUGUCGCUAAGAACGAGUUCGACCUUGAGGGUAAGGUCGUCGGUACCGUCGCUGUUGGCCGUAUCGGUGAGCGUGUCCUGCGCCGUCUGAAGCCCUUCGACUGCAAGGAGCUCCUCUACUAUGACUACCAGCCCCUGAGCCCCGAGAAGGAGAAGGAGAUCGGUUGCCGCCGUGUUGACACCCUUGAGGAGCUUGUUUCCCAGUGUGAUGUCGUUACCAUCAACUGCCCUCUCCACGAGAAGACCCGCGGUCUGUUCAACAAGGAGCUCAUCUCCAAGAUGAAGCCCGGUUCUUGGCUUGUCAACACUGCCCGUGGUGCCAUCGUCGUCAAGGAGGAUGUCGCUGAGGCCCUCAAGUCUGGCCACCUCCGUGGAUACGGUGGUGACGUCUGGCUCCCCCAGCCUGCUCCCAAGGACCACCCUCUUCGUUACGCCGAGCACCCAUGGGGCGGUGGUAACGCCACUAUCCGCUACGCCGAGGGAACCAAGAGCAUUCUGGACAGCUACUUCUCUGGCCGCUUUGACUACCGCCCUCAGGACCUGAUUGUCCACAAGGGUGAAUACGCCACCAAGGCUUACGGUCAGCGCAAGUAA